AGUCUGCGCUGCACGGGGCGCGCGGCGCAUUGCACGAGCGGGAGCGGCGCGGUGAGAGAACUGUGAGAGGCGCAGUGCAUCGGCUAAACUUCGUCGUGGUGCAGGAGUUGAGCCGCAGGAGCUGAGGUGCUGGUGCUGAGCUGAAGGAGCCGAUCUGUCGGAGCUGAGCUCUAGGAGCUGAGCUGUGAGCGCUCCUAGCAGAAACUCAGCACUCGCGUGGAGCUCAGCUCGGAACCGGCCAAGUGUAUGACGGAUAAUUGGCUCUUGGCAGCGGUCAAAAUUAGCCAGAACGAGUGACAAGUGUGCACUGUGCGGAUAAUCGAUCCAGAGUGACAAAGGAAGCUCACUUUGGCCAAAUAUUAAGUUGUAUUUCAGCUUCCAUAUUGCGGUCAUCCGAUUCGGCAUCCGUCAGUCAACUCCUCGGAUUUCCCCGGCGAAAACCACCAAAUCCAACAUGGCGGCCACGGCGGCUGCGGCUGCGUUCGGCACUGUCAACUUUGUAGUGAUGGCGCUGUUUGUGGCCGCCACGCUGGCUAUCGGCGUGUUCUACGGUCUGCGCGGACAGGACGCACAGGGUCUGCUCAUCUCACGCGACAUGAACGUGGCCCCGGUGUCGCUCUCGAUGAUGGCGACAUUCAUGUCUGCCAUUCUGAUCAUCGGUACGCCGUCGGAGAUUUUCUACUUCGGCAUGCAGUGGUUCGUGGUGGUUCUGACGUUUCCCGUGGCCAGCAUCAUCAUCAGCGUGUUCAUCCUGCCCGUCUUCUACCGAAUGGAGCUCACUAGCGUCUACGAGUACCUGGGGAAGCGGUACAACACGCGCGUCAUGACGAUGGUCGGAACGGUGGCGUUCAUGAUGCAGAACCUGCUGUACACGGGUAUCGCCCUGUUCGCGCCCACCAUCGUGCUCAGCAAUGUGACCGGCAUGCCCAUCUGGGCGGCCAUUGUGCUGGUGGCCCUGCUCGGCACAUCCUACACCGCAUUCGGUGGCUACAAGGCCGUGGUGUGGGCGGACGUGCUGCAGGCGUGCGUCAUGGUCUGUGGCGUCACCGCCAUCAUCGUACAGGGCUGCAUCAACGUGGGCGGCUUCUCAGAGAUGUUGGACGUCAACCGGAAGCACGGAAGGCUGACAAUGUUCACCUGGGACAUCGACCCUCUUCAGCGGUACAACUUCUGGAACACAUUCUUCGGCCAGAUCUUCGUGUGGAUUUCCCUGCUCGGAGUGAACCAGCCGGCUGUUCAGAGGCUGCUCAGCCUGCCCACUCUCAAACAGGCGACGCUCACCAGCCUGAUCAGCAGUUUUCUGAUCGUCAUCAUGGUCUCCCUCUCCACCGUCUCCGGACUGGCCAUCUUCGCCACGUACUCGACCUGCGACCCGCUGCGGGCCGGCGUGACGAGCCGCCGCGACGAGCUGGUGCCGCACUUUGUGGCCGACCAGCUGGGCCACGUGCCCGGCCUGGGCGGCCUGUUCAUCGCCUGCGUGCUCAGCGGCGCGCUCAGCACCAUCUCGUCGUCACUCAACUCGCUGGCGGCCGUCACCUGGGAGGAUUUCUUCAGGGACAGCACCUGGACUGCGAGGCUGUCAGAGGCGGGACGGCGAUGGGUGCUCCGAGGCAUAGCCCUCGUCUACGGCAUCAUCUCGAUGCUGAUGGCGUUUGUGGCCAAGAACAUGGGCGGCGUGAUUCAGGUGGCCACGGGCGUAUACGGUGGCUGCACCGGGCCCAUUCUGGCCAUGUUCGUCAUGGGGCUGUUCAUGCCCUUCACUAACCCCAAGGGUGUGACCACGGGUCUGGUUCUGGGCCUGGCUCUCUCCCUCUGGAUCUCAUUCGGUGCAUCGUUCAGCGGGGCGGCGCCACCUGUCAUGCUGCCCUCCAGCGCCGACGGAUGCAGCUUCAACGUCACCAGCGCUGCCAACGUCACUGAUGACGCCGUGGAAACGCGCGAAAGAGGAACAUUCGAUACGCUCUACAGCAUUUCCUACAUGCUCUACGCAGUGAUCGGCUUUGUGGCAACAAUGGUGACAGGAAUCCUAGUGUCUCUUUUGACAGGUGGAGGACAGGGCAGUGUCGACGAAGAGUACCUGAGUCCCGCCAUGUCAUGGCACUCACGAAAGAAGAAAUUCCAUCCGUCAAACACAAACGGAGCUGCAAACGAUGCAUAUGAAAUGGGCGAAAAGCACUAAUUUUUUCAUUGGAUAUGUUUCAUGUAAAUAUCAUGCGACUCUGGGGGGGGGGGGGGGGGGGCAAAACGUAACUAACGUUCCCACAGUAUUUUUGUAGCGUGCAUGCCAGGUCACUCGUUACGUAUUUCGUAAAUCUACCUAAAGUGCUUUAGAUGCACGUUUAUUGUACAUUGCUCGGCAGAGGUAGAUUCGAAAGUGUGUGGUACAGGCCAUAAUAAUGCCUUAAAUGUGCAGAUAAGCAAGCAUUGCAUUGUGUUUAUGUUACCGUGAUUUAUGAAGUAGUUAUUCCUCGGAUGCUAUAGGGUCCCGACUCCCGGCGCAAAGUCCAAAAACAAAGUUUUGUAGGUCAUAUGCCACAGCCUACCCCGCUACCAGACACAUAGUUAGCUGUUUUAUAGCGUUUUACAUGCAUUAAAAAAAAAAACUUUGCUCUAAUAUUGUUUUAUUCAUAGAUGUGAGAUGCGAGUGUCGUGAUGAUCUGAGACCAGUGGCGGAUCCAGGGGGGGCUGCGGGGGCUGGCAGCCCCCACCCAAGGAAAACUGGCGCCACUGCGCCGAAGGCGCAGUGGCGCCAAUUUUCAAUACGCAACUCAUCGGAGUGCCGCAUACUAGGACUAGGAUGCAAAAAUCAGUCGAAUAACGUCGUUUCAGUACGCUCCGCAUCGAUAUUUCCAAUCGUGUGGUGUCACUGUACAUACUGAUCCUGGGCGCCUCUUGUCAGGGCCACUGGGCGCCAAUAUUUCAGCGCCAAUACGAUGCGACUAUGGCGCCCAUCCGGGGCGUGGCGCCCAAUUAUGACCUGCAGCCCCUCCCCAGUGAAAAUCCUGGAUCCGCCACUGUCUGAGACUUCCAUAUAAGGCUUGCGGGAUAGUUGACUCGAUAGCAUAGCUGCCUGUUGAACUGACCUGUAGUUUUUUUUACCGUUAUGUAAUAAUGAUACAUGUCUCUGAACGGUAUUCACCUCUAGAAAAUGGACAGAUCUUCACUUCACAACACACGGGAGCAGGUCACGUCAGCUCUACCUACGAUUCUGGAUCUACAUGCCAUAUUUUUUCUUUUCCAUAUAUUACCUUGAUUCUACCAUUUGAGCGAGAUGAUAUUUUUUUAUGAAUGUUGUACGGGUCAUGUAUGCAUGUAUAAAAAUACAACACUGUGUUACAAAGCUAAAUAGUUUGUUUUCAUGCGCAACUCUCGGAUGUUGUCUCUGUAGAUGUACUGGUAUAAAACAGACCUAUAGUGUGGUCCCUGGCAAGUGUCAUCGGCUCCGGACAACAGUUCGAGCCUCGAGGAAUGCACCACCCG